AUGACGCACUUGUACAUAACAGCGUGGAAUGAUAAGAAGACGGGGAGCGUUCCCAUGGUGGGAAGUCACGAGGCGCUCCUGACCGUCACGAGAAACACGCCAUGCAACACCGAAGCGGAAUGCAAAAAAUUGGAGAACAUGAUGAACAUCUGCACGUACGUUCGGGGAGGAGCAGACUUUGCCUACGACAUUUUUUUGGUGACAACACACGUCGUAACUAGCAUGAUGGCCGUCCUGUGCGCCUGCAUUUUUAUUGGGCCCGUGCAUGUUUGCGCUUUGAAGAAUUUUCCGUACACGUGCAAACUGCCGUACCCCGUCUUUUCAACCCUGUUUAUGGCCACUUCAGCCGUGUGGGAAGUGGUAAAAGCUGCAACGGCGAUGUGCAGGGUGUAUGGUGAUCUGUCAGUGAUGUCCAAAAUGGCCUGA